CGCCCCCCAUGCUGCUGCAGCCCGCGCCGUGCGCCCCGAGCGCGGGCUUCUCGCGGCCCCCGGCCGCCCCCGGCGCCAUGCACGGCUCGCAGAAGGACACCACGUUCACCAAGAUUUUCGUGGGCGGCCUGCCCUACCAUACUACCGACGCCUCGCUCAGGAAGUACUUCGAGGGCUUCGGGGACAUCGAGGAGGCCGUGGUCAUCACCGACCGCCAGACGGGCAAGUCUCGCGGAUACGGCUUCGUGACCAUGGCCGACCGUGCAGCCGCUGAGAGGGCUUGCAAAGACCCUAACCCCAACAUCGAUGGUCGCAAGGCAAACGUGAACUUGGCCUAUCUGGGUGCCAAGCCGCGCAGCCUCCAGACGGGCUUUGCCAUCGGCGUGCAGCAGGUGCCCCCCACUUUGAUCCAGCGGACUUAUGGGCUGACCCCCCACUACAUCUACCCACAAGCCAUCGUCCAGCCCAGCGUGGUGAUCCCGGCCGCCCCGGUCCCACCGCUGUCCUCGCCUUACAUCGAGUACACGCCGGCCAGCCCGGCCUACGCCCAGUACCCGCCGGCCGCCUAUGACCAGUACCCGUACGCCGCCUCGCCCGCCACAGCCGCCAGCUUCGUGGGCUACAGCUACCCGGCCGCCGUGCCCCAGGCCCUCUCAGCUGCGGCCCCCGCGGGCACCACCUUCCUGCAGUACCAGCCUCCGCAGCUGCAGCCUGACCGGAUGCAGUGAGGCUGUCCCUGCCUGCGACCACAGCCCCAUCACUGCGGGCUGGGGGGUGCCGGCCGAGUCCAGGGGUGCACACCCACCCCUGGACCUCGGGGGGCCCCGCGGGACCCCGCCGGCACCCUGGAUGGCCCAGAGACUACUGAUCUUUACACCUGGGACAUCAUGUCUUGAGAGAGGACUUGAAUGACCGAAAGCUAAUCGAAGAGCAGCCUGAAUGUCGCACAUGCACCGUCCCCACCCUCCCACUCCUUAGAGUCCGCAGGCGGUCCCUCCAGCACCCAGCGGGGUCUUCUGGACCCUCCAUAAACCCCGACCGCCCUCUGGGUCCCGUUCAGAGAGGCCUUAUUACUCCAGGGAAGCCCAGGAUCAGGCGAAGUGCACUGACUGUUGUCACUCCAUCUUCAUGACUGUGAACCGCAGGUAGGGGGCUCUCCCACCCCCAGAAUUCCCAUUAUCUAAAUGUUCGCCUGGGGGCACCCCCCCACCCCCCAGGGCUCCCAGGUGCAGCAGGGCGCCCCGGUGAUGCGACUGGGGCAGCCAGCCACGGUCCGUUCGUUCCAUCAAGGCACUGCGGCUCUUUUUCUUAUCGUUGUUUUGCUACUAAGAUGAUUUCAGAGUUUCAGUCUAUUUUUUCAAUGGAGACUCCAAUCGCCAAGAAUCCAAAACCUGUUUUUUUGACUUUGAGACUCACUUUGGUCGAUGGCUCGUCCGCCUGAAGAGAUGGUGGUGGUGUUCUUCUGAUAAGUGUCUGCCAGCCCGAGCUCCUCAGAGGGUGGGUAUCUUGACAGUGAGUUUUCUUAAGCUUUGCCCGCUCCCCGAGGCCGUGAAGGGGGUGCUGGCUGAGGGGCUGGACCACCGCGUCCCGGCCGGCUGGCAGGAUAGAGGCU